AUGAUUGAAAACAGAUACUCCAUUGAAGAAUUACUCCAAUUGAAACCUAGUGAAAUCCAACCUGUAGAUUUUGAUGCUGUGGAAUUUAGAGCCAUCAUUGAAAAAAUCAAACAAGUUCAAUUGUUGAAGGAUGAAGAAUUUGCUCACGGUGGCCAUUUCAACCGUAGAAGAUCGUCUCAUCAUUACCACAACAUGAUGAAACCAAAGAUCAAACAUAACAAGCCUAAAUUCAAGACUGAUGAAAACGGGUGGUCCACUUUGGAUACUUCUGCCAAGGAUGAAUCUUCUGCUAUUGAAGACGAUGAACAAUCAUCUAAAUCCAAGAAGGAAUCUUCUCCAGGAUCCUUCCAUGAAGUAGUGAAAGUUAAGCCAAACAACAAGAACAUCUCAUCUUCGAGACCCGCAGAUACCAAGGACAUCGUUGCAGAUAAACAGACUUUGAAUUUCAAUGCAUUUGCUGCUUUAGAAUCCGAAUCUGACGACGAAUAG